AUGGCGGCGCAAAAACGCGCACACAUGCUGAGGGUAUUCCAGCAACCACCGGAGGCAGGAGCACCACCGCGACCACCACGAACCUCGGAACCUCCAGAGGCAAAAUCACCACUACCUCCGCCACCACACACACCAGCGCCACCUGAGGUAGCGCAGCUUGCACCGCUACCAUCCCGAGCACCAGCACCGUCCGAAGCAGCGUCACCACCGCGGGGCUCGUCAACACCCCCAAGGGAACAAACGGUCACUCCCGCCGACGAAGCCGGCGGACUAACGCUGAACCAGUUGCCAGAAAUCGCCGAGAGGGUACGGAAUGCUCUACGCAACAUCGAGGGGGAUGUCUGCAAUUCCCACUUGAGGAUCGUCACGGGAAACUACGGGGUAACCGUAUACCGCCCACACGAAUGCCUACCCCCUACACCAGCAACAACGACUACAUCACGAAUAGCAACGACCACACCAGUAGCAACAACGACUGCAACAGCGCCAUCAACACAUCAACUUGGCUAA